CAGUCUCAGUUUUGUGAGCGGUGUCAAAGGCGGAGGUCUAAAUUCUCUGCCUUUGCAAUUUCAUCCUUGCACAGCCAUCUAAAACGGACUUUGAUCUGGUGACUUCGACGCUCUGCAAGGGAGGAACAAAGGCCGACUUGCUGCUGGGCCUACGGACGAAACGAAACGAAACUGAGACGAAACAAAACGAGCGAAGCCGAAGUUCGGUGCUUCAGGGUUUGGGAGAUCAGCUGGUUUCAGAAAAAAUCUGUUUUAAGAAUCAGCCAGCAUGUUCAGAGCUAUUAAUGAAGUGAAACUGAAGGCGGAGGUUAAGCCGACUGUGGAUAAUAUCAUGUGUCGCCUCCAUUAUCGAUACACGUAUAUACAGUACAUGGUUUUUGUGCUGCUGUGUACGUUAUACGAUGCUAUUGGAGAGAAGAUCCAGUGUUUGACGGACAUCGACUCGGAUUCCUACGCCGACGUCGUGAAUAACUACUGCUUCAUCAUGGGUACCUUCACGGUGGACAGGCUGCACGAGAAGCAAGUGGGGGUCCAGGUGCCCCAUCCGGGCGUGGGGCCUGCAGAACCCGACGACGAACUCACUUUCCACUCGUACUACCAGUGGGUGCCGUUCGUGCUCUUCGUGCAAGGAAUACUCUUUUACCUGCCUCAUUGGAUCUGGAAGAUAUGGGAAAAGGGUCUCUUCAGGACGGUCAUCCAGAACCUCUCCGUCAGGGACUACCUCGGCGACAACCUGGAACGAUACUUUAAUAGAGACAAAGAGAUCAAAAACCUUUGUGAUUAUGUAACAUACCACCGCCGGAACGAGAGACACUGGGCGUAUAAGUUCUUCUUCUGCGAGGCUCUGUAUGUCGUCCACGUCUUCUGCACCUUCUUCUUCACUGACUGGUUCCUCGGCGGGCAGUUCCUCUCCUAUGGCAGCGAUGUGAUCCAGGUGGCCGGCAUGGACCCCGAGAACAGGACAGACCCCAUGGCCUUCGUGUUCCCGCGGAUGGCCAAGUGUACCUUCAGGAGCUUCGGUAGUUCGGGCACCAUCCAGGUCCGUGACGUCAUGUGCCUCAUCGCCACCAACAUCAUCAAUGAGAAGAUCUACGUAUAUAUUUGGGUGUGGCUCGUGUUGUUAAUGUCCAUUUCUUCGUUGUGGAUCCUCUACCGCCUCUUCACCAUCCUCCUGCCCUUCUUCAGGAAGUUCCUUCUUCAGAACCUGGUGAAGAGCCACUACAGGAGUGACGUCGCCCGGAUCAUGCACAGGGCCUCCGUCAGCGAGUGGUUCCUCCUCAUGACUCUCGGGAGGAACAUGGAGCAAGCGAUCUUCUGCGAGUUUAUCAGAGACUACGCGAAGUCGUUGGAGAGGUCGUCUUCUCUCCAUCUGGACGAUAAGAUUAAUGGGAAUCUGCACAGAGGGGAAGAAAAGAGUGUGAGGGAGACAGACGAGGAGGGAAAGAGAGAGACAGAUAUAAAGAGAGAAAAGAGAGAGAGAGAAAAAAAGGGAAAACAAACGACCCCCUCCCCAACCCUCAAAAAAAAAAAAAAAAAAAAAAAAAAGUGUAGUUCAAGAUGGUUUUCAAAGCGCUUUCGAAGAUCAAAAUCAAAGUGGAUCUCAAGCCCACGGUGGAUAGCCUCGUUGUUUCGACUCCACUAUCGAUACACGAACCGCAUCCUUCUCGCUUCGACCCUGUUGACCACGCUCUACGAUGUCGUCGGCAAAAAGAUCGACUGCAUCACGACCGUCGGCUCGGAUUCCUUCAAAGGCGUGGUGGACAGCUACUGCUUCAUCAUGGGUACUUUCACGGUGGACAGGCUGCACGAGAAGCAAGUGGGGGUCCAGGUGCCCCAUCCGGGCGUGGGGCCUGCAGAACCCGACGACGAACUCACUUUCCACUCGUACUACCAGUGGGUGCCGUUCGUGCUGUUUGCGCAGAGCCUCCUGUUCUACGCGCCGCACUGGCUGUGGAAGCAGUGUGAGGGCGGCCUCUUCAAGACGGUCAUCCAGGAUCUCUCCGUCAGGGAUUACCUCGGCAGGGAAAUGAAACCUUAUUUCAGCCGUAACGAAAGGUACCGGGCGCUGUCUUCCUACAUCCAGAACCACGCGGACCAGAACAAGCGUUGGGUCUUCAGGUUCUUCCUGUGCGAGGCCCUGAACCUGGUCGUUGUGCUGUCCACGUUGUACUUCACGGACUGGUUCCUCGGCGGGGAGUUUCUCACGUACGGUACUAGUGUGAUCCAGGUGGCCGGCAUGGACCCCGAGAACAGGACAGACCCCAUGGCCUUCGUGUUCCCGCGGAUGGCCAAGUGUACCUUCAGGAGCUUCGGUAGUUCGGGCACCAUCCAGGUCCGUGACGUCAUGUGCCUCAUCGCCACCAACAUCAUCAAUGAGAAGAUAUACCUGUUCCUGUGGGUGUGGCUGGUCACCCUGACGGCGCUGACGGCGGCCUGGGUCUUCUACCGCCUCCUCGUUAUACUCUUGCCGUGUCUUCGAGUGGCUGUUCUAAAGCUGUACGUGAAGAAGACUUUCCACCCCGACGUCUCAGCGAUCAUGAGGGAAUCCUCUCUGAGCGAGUGGUUCCUCCUCGUCAGUCUCGGGAAGAACAUGGAGGUGACCGUCUUCAGCGAGUUCCUUCAGUUCUUCGCCAGCGAGCAGACCAGCUCUACGGACACGAUCCCCGUGCACGAAUACGAGAGUGAGAAGAUAUCGCUUUGAGUGGAACGUGCGAGGGGAGGGGAAGGGAGUGAGAGAGAGUGGGGAGGGCGGGAGGAGAGAGAGAGAGUGGGGAGAGAGAAGGAGGGAC